AUGGCCAAGAACAUCAAUGUGAACCGUAAUGUCCAAGAUCCUUAUUACCGCUACAAGAUGCCUCGCAUCAUGGCCAAGGUUGAAGGAAAGGGAAAUGGUAUAAAGACUGUUAUAGCCAACAUGUCCGACAUUGCCAAGGCCCUGUGUCGUCCACCGACUUGUAAGUAUUCUCUCGGUAUUCAAUUCUUGGUUUAGAUCCGACAAAGUAUUUUGGUUGCGAAUUGGGAGCUCAAACCAACUUCGAUCUGAAGAAUGACCGGUACAUUGUGAACGGAGAGCAUGACGCCAACAAAUUGCAGGAUAUAUUAGACGGCUUCAUUCGAAAGUUCGUUCUAUGCCCUGCAUGUGACAAUCCGGAGACAACUCUGACCGUUAAGCGGAACACCAUCCACAGCAAGUGCAAGGCGUGUGGUCAUGCUUUUAUCGUUGAUCCCAAGCACAAGAUUUCCACUUUUAUUCUGAAAAAUCCACCACCAACUGAAAGUAGCGAUGAUGAAAAGAACAAAGACAACAACUCUCCCUCCGAGGAUAUGAUGGAAGGAGUAGAUAUGAAUGGAGUUCAGAAGAUCCCUGUGGGUGAAGAUGAUGAUGAUUGGGCACCUGAACCAUUGGCAGAAACCGAGAAGCUGAGUGCUCAGAUUGGAAAGUUGAUUAUUGAUCGAGAUCUGGAGAAGUCGGUAGAAGAACGGUUAGAUAUGCUUCAUCAAUAUUUCCUCAAUGCAAGGGACGAAGAUCGUCUGGGAGUAAGAUUUUGAAUUAAAUUAGCUUGUUAUCACUUUUAUUCUUACAACUAAUUGGUUUGUUUCAGGAAAUCAAGAGCUUGGUCAACGAAGCUGAACGUCUGGAGUUGAAGACGAAGGCACCUCUUUUAGUUUCUGAUGUCAUCUUCACCAGCAACGUUCUUCAGGAAAUCAAGGAACAUCGAAAUCUUCUGCUUCUUUUCUGUUAUGAGAACAAAAAAGCGCAAAGAUAUUUGCUGGGAGGGAUAGAACAACUCAUCCAGAAGAUCCCUGAUCUUCUUCCUAAAGCGGCUCACAUUGUAAAGUUGUUAUACGAUGAGGAUUUGUGCAGUGAAGAGGCGAUAUUGGCUUGGGGAUCCAAGGUAAGUUUAUAAAAAUUUUAGGGUUAAAACUUUUCACUAUGACGACGUGAAUUAGUUUCAUUUUUAGCCAAGUUCGAAGUACGUGAAGAAAGAAUUGGCUAAGGAGAUCAUCAAGAAGUGCGAGCCGUUUUUGGUUUGGCUUAAGGAGGCCGAAGAAGAAACUGAAUCUGAGGAGGAAGAUGAAGAUGACGUAGCCGUUGACUUCGACGAGCGGAGCAAGAAUAUUGGAGUUACGAUCACCGAGAAGAUUGCGCCUCAGACCAACGGAAAGGCCAAUGGAACCGCGGUCCCUGCGGCUGUCGUCACCGAGGAUGGCCAGGAGGUCGACAUCGACGACAUUUAA